GUCAAGCUGGCCUUGAUUUCAGUUGCCACCGAAUCAGCUAUUUGGUACCUCAUUUUCAAAUGCAGGAACAGCAGCUACCCGAUUAGGGACGGCCUUGCGAGGUGAGAAGAAAAAGCUGAAUCAAGGUCUCCGGAAUAGGGAUUCCGGGACAGAGCCUGACGAGAAUGUUCUGACUACGAAGACAAACUUGAAAAGCUAUGGCCAAGUCACAGGAGCAUCCCUUGUUAUUUCAUGCAGUUGAUCAACAGAUCAGACGAAGUUUAUCGUGCUUGAUCUGUGAUUGCUGCAGCCCUGCUGAGCUUGGAAUCUGUUGAGGACGAAGUUAUUCUAAAUGGGUAACUCAGAUCAUAGACUUUGCUUCGCGUGGGUAAAUAUUCAACCAAGAGAUAUCAUUGUUGUUGAAAGAGAUAGUUGUAAUAUAGAGUGAGAUAAUUCCAUACUUCUGGAAUCUCUCUUGUUGGAUUGUUUGCAUCAUUGUCGUUUUCCGUACAAACUCGGAAUGACAAAGCCUCGCUGCCUGGACGUCUGCCUCCGCCCUGUCACUUCUCCCUGAGUUUCUGUAUCUCGAAAUGGCUUGGUCGAAUUUCCUGGCAUGCAUUACGUCCUUCUCUCUUCUCACAUCAUCCUCUCAGCCGAAUCCCGGACAGCAUACCAAGGGGAGGGCAAGUUUGAAAACUUGAGACAACAACCCUUGACGAGUAAAUUCUUGGAUGAGUUUAGGACAGGUUGCUGAUUUGGCAGGUAUGUCGUUACUCUCGUCCCUUGGAUUCAACGGUCUGAAGCCUUUUGUUGCUUGGAGACACGAGGGAAUUACGGUUUACCGUUCGCUGCACGACAUGAGUUCCGAUUUUUAGAAGAAAUCUACUUAGGAGGUAAAUCGAAAGAAAUUCAUGAUCUUUUAUUGAGUGACCGUUUAUUAUCAGUCCCCUUCGAAUCUAGGUUAGACAAAACGAGGCUUCCGCCAAACCCUUCAACAUCCAUCAUCGCCACAGCCUCACCUCUAUCAAACUUUCCACGAACGACCAAUCCGAUUCAUCACCACGAUAAAUAAAGCCAGACUUUGACUUUGGUGCGCCAAAUACACUCCCAGCCCUGAAUAAAGAACACAUCACCAUCUACAUAUUAUUCCCCUCACCAUGGCCGAACCAACUUUCUCUCGUCCUCAUCACCCCCGCCGCCUUUGCCCAUGGAAAAUAUGCGCUCCCUGGCUUUGCCAGUUGAACCAGCCAGCGUGCCGGCUCAGAAACAAGCCCCGGAUCGCCAGUUCCUCAUGUUUCCAUACCUCCACCAAGAUGUCAGACUCUUAAUCUGGGAGGCAGCACUGCGUCCGCGGCCGUCGAAGAACUACAAUGCGGUACAUAGCUUUCGAGUGAACUUUUGGGAGGCCGAGGAUCCGAGGUCACACGAGAUGAGUGACGUUGGUCACAAGAGUCCGCAAAUAUUUGGAUAUCGAGUCAUGGAGGAGCUGGAGAGUCAGAAGAUGGCAAACGCGCUCGAAGCCAUGUCAAAUUGCCCUGAAGAGCUGAAAUCUGUGGUUCAUUGGGACUACGGGAUGUGGAAAGCUUGUGUUGAGUCUAGAUGGGUCAUUAGCCGACGGUUUCGACAGAAGCAAUGGCAAGAACUGAAGAUGAUCGUCUUGGAGGACCUGCAAACCGCACCCGAAAAGAUUCACGAGCCGUACACGAUAGAGAGGGCGUGGCAGAAGGAGAACAAGUUGAUGAAGAACGGCGGCCGGGAAAGUAUAAGCCAAUGGUACAGAGACUUCGUAUCGGUAGUCAACAUAGACGGCAAGUUCAACAACAUUGUUGCGACUCAUCCGGCGAGAGAUCUCUUCAUGAUCCAAGAUGAACGAUGGAUGUCUGAAUGUACACGCCUAGCCACGGUCAGAGAACAAGAGAACAACGCAAUUCAGCUCUUUCGGGAGAACGCCAUCUCCGCGACAAGCAACGGCUUUCCCAUCAUGGGAAACAUCGGCUUCGUGUACGAUAGAUCCUGGUCCAAUGGUAUCACGCGAAACGACCCGCGUCCCACGACAUUGAUGGAGCAGAGAUCCAGGAAUAACCCAAGAGGCAACUUACUGCUCCUGCUGCACCUCUGCGUUGUGCGGAUGUUGAGGCUGCGACUUUGGCUCAUCGAUGAGGAAUACGACCCGUGCCACACAUGCAAGACGAAGGAAGAUGCCGAAGAGGAGGUCGACGAGGAGAAGAGGGAUCGAAAGGUGUUCUACCGCUAUGGGGAGGAGGAUCUGGUCGAGGUUGAUAUCAAGCCCAAUGUGAUGUGGGUGACGGUCGAGAAUGUGACGUGUAUUCUUGCUAGUUCAUGCGGAUUUGUUCAAUACCUCAGCAGCGAUCGCAUUGUUGGCAAUCCUGCGUUCAACCCAGAUCCUAGGGCUAAGCCCUUCGAUGUUUGGAAAUGUGUUGGUGUUCUUGCGCCGAGGUCUAGGACUCCUUAUUGAGUGAUUGAAGGUGGAAGGGGUGUUUGUCGUUGGGGCUUCGUCGAGGGGUUGGGAGAACCGAGACCUGCUGCGCCAAAGGGCCAAGUAGGCAAGUCAAAGAACCAGUCCAAGUGAUCCUAAAUCAUGCUAAACUUACCUAAGCUUUAUGUCCCUUUGGACUAAAGUCCUCAGCUUUAUGCUAUCCCUGAGGGCUGCUCCUCACCGCAGCCAAGUCCCCAACGCUGUCAGAGGAGACGACCGAAAGAAGAAAGUAAACAAGCAUAGAAGUAAACCAGAUGGCAGUAGAUACUCAUACUCUUGUUUGGCUGCAACCGUCUCGGCGUCCACUGAGGCUCCAGUGUCAGUGCUGAGUGAAGCCUUCAGAGCCCACAAAAGAAGCUCAAAGAGGUCUCGAGAUGCGUCUGACAAUGGCUUUGGAUAAAAGGCGUCAUAAGUACGUUAACUGAGAGAAUUCUUCGUUGAUAGACCUUGCAAAAGUAUGAUCAUUAAGUAUAGUUCUUGAAUUAUGUUUAAGUGGUGUGUCUCUGUCAUAAGCUUUGGUACAAGGAGUAUGGACAGCGUUUCACGCUCAGCACUGCGAGCCGGCUGCCUGGAAGCUGC